UUGAGGCUUGGGCUUGGAAGUUGGUCGACUCGCCACUUCCCGCUGCUGGGUAACAUGGAGUUUGCGGAGCUGAUUAAGACGCCACGGGUGGACAAUGUGGUGCUGCACCGGCCUUUCUAUCCGGCCGUCGAGGGGACCCUGUGUCUGACGGGCCACCACCUGAUCCUGUCCUCCCGACAGGACAACACAGAGGAGCUGUGGCUCCUGCAUUCAAACAUCGACGCCAUCGAUAAGCGAUUUGUGGGAUCACUGGGUACUAUCAUCAUAAAAUGUAAAGAUUUUCGAAUUAUUCAAUUGGAUAUUCCUGGAAUGGAGGAAUGUUUGAAUAUAGCCAGUUCCAUUGAGGCCUUGUCUACCCUGGACUCCAUCACUCUGAUGUACCCUUUCUUUUACCGGCCCAUGUUUGAAGUGGUAGAAGAUGGCUGGCAUUCCUUCCUUCCUGAGCAAGAGUUUGAACUUUACUCUUCAGCUACCAGUGAAUGGAGGCUAAGCUAUAUCAAUAAGGAAUUUGCUGUCUGCCUCUCUUACCCACCGAUUGUCAUAGUACCCAACUCCAUUGAUGAUGAAGCUGUAAGAAAGGUAGCUACAUUUCGACAUGGAGGACGCUUCCCAGUACUAAGUUAUUAUCAUAAAAAAAAUGGAAUGGUAAUUAUGCGAAGUGGUCAGCCACUCACUGGCACAAAUGGGAGACGGUGCAAGGAAGAUGAGAAGCUGAUAAAUGCUACCCUUCGGGCAGGAAAACGGGGCUACAUCAUUGACACCCGAUCGCUAAAUGUGGCUCAGCAAGCUAGAGCCAAAGGAGGCGGCUUUGAACAAGAGGCUCAUUAUCCCCAGUGGAGGCGAAUUCAUAAGUCGAUUGAGAGGUAUCACAUUCUUCAGGAGAGCUUAAUUAAACUUGUGGAAGCUUGCAAUGACCAAACACAUAGCAUGGACCGAUGGCUUAGUAAAUUGGAGACCUCAAACUGGCUGACUCACAUCAAAGAGAUUCUGACAACUGCCUGUUUAGCAGCUCAGUGUAUCGACAGGGAAGCAGCAUCAGUAUUGAUUCAUGGAACAGAAGGAACUGAUUCCACACUUCAAGUUACUUCCCUGGCCCAGAUUAUCUUGGAACCAAGAAGCAGGACCAUCCAUGGUUUUGAGGCCCUGAUAGAAAGAGAGUGGCUACAGGUGAGAAAGGCUGGUCACCCAUUCCAACAGCGCUGUGCACAGUCAGCCUACUGUAACAGUAAGCAGAAGUGGGAGUCGCCUGUAUUUCUUCUGUUCUUGGACUGUGUGUGGCAGAUCCUUCGUCAGUUCCCUUGUUCUUUUGAAUUUAAUGAGCAUUUUCUCAUCACGCUCUUUGAGCAUGUUUAUGCCUCACAGUUUGGGACAUUUCUGGGAAACAAUGAAAGUGAAAGAUGUAAAUUGAAGUUGCAGCAGAAAACGAUGUCUCUGUGGUCCUGGGUCAAUCAACCCAGUGAACUGAGUAAAUUCACUAAUCCUCUUUUUGAAGCCAACAAUUUUGUCAUCUGGCCCUCAGUUGCUCCACAGAGUCUUCAGCUAUGGGAAGGCAUUUUCCUACGCUGGAACAGAUCCUCCAAGUAUUUGGAUGAAGCUUAUGAAGAAAUGGUUAACAUCAUUGAAUAUAACAAGGAAUUACAAGCAAAAGUAAAUAUCCUUAGGAGGCAGUUGGCAGAACUGGAAACAGGGGAUGGGAUGCAGGAGAGCCCCUAGAAGAUCCUCCCCACACACACACACACACUCUUCAGAGAGCCCUCCUGGACCUGUAUUCCACCUGUCUCUCCUUUGCCCUUCAGUUCACUUUUACACAAUAGCCUUGAACUUAGGGCUUAAGAUGUGGGAACCCUCUACUGUAAUGGAUUCCUUGAUACUUUAUUAUAUUAAUGAAACUUACUGUAAUUACUCAUGUUUCAUGUGGCCUGUUAGGCCUCUUCACUUAGGGAGAAGGAAGGAGGUGCUAGUCAUUUUAUUUUAUGUGAAAUAGGUGACUUAUUUAAUGACAUUUGUGUUAUACACCAUUUCAUAAGUUUUUAUCUCUGCGUACACUUUCCAAACAGUGCUCCAAAACAGUGAAGGAUAUGGUUACUCUUUUUAGGGAAUAUUUAUUGAUUUUAAAAAAAGGAUUAGACUUUUAACCACUCUGGGUAUAGAAAUAUUUUUCAAAACUGAAACAGUUAAUAAACCAAGGAAUUUCAUGUUUAACAUGCCAUUUCCAAUAUUAUCUUUGCCACAUGAGAUAGCCAUUCUCUUUAAAAUAGUUUUGGACCAGUGAAGCUGAAUUGAUUCUCAUUCUAGUUUGUCAAGAAAGGAAAAUCUAAAUGCUUAUUCUAGAUAAAUUACUUUUGUAGGGGUAACAGGUAUAGUCCUCUGAUAUUUACAUUAAGAAUAAUUAAAUUUAGUUUAACAGUAGACACUAAAAGUAUGUGCAAUAUGGAAUUAAGGUAGGAAUUUGUUACUGACAUGGUAUUGUUACUAUCGAGUUGGCUUUUUAGGUCUUUAACCAUAUAUAUUAAAUGUGUGUUAAAUGCUGCAUGUAAAAUUAAGCCAUCAUUUAGAAUAGAUGUUAGUUUGUUAUAAAAUCAGCUUCAAAAUAUGGUUUUCUUAAAUGAGAGAUGCACUGUCCUUGUCUGAAGUUCUGUGUGUGUUACUGUGUUUUGUUUAUUUUUAAUUAUGCUAAGAGUUUACUAAGGUUAAAAAUUCCAUGUUGGCUUAAGCCUUUUGCAAAUUUAUCUUGACACCACUGAUUUGUCUAUUAUGUAUUAGACAAAUAUAGUUUAAGGGGAGGGGGAGGUUUAUGAAUAUGAUGCAGCUCUGUGUUUUAAAUUUCAAGAACAGAUUUGAAAUGUUUCAUUAUUACAGAAACAGUAAACGCUGUAUUUAUGCUAUACUAGUUUGUUAUGCCUGCAACUCAAAAAGUUUGUGGUUCAGUAUUUUCCACGUAGGUUUCUGUUUUAUCACACUGUUCAUUUUAGCAAAUACUAUCAAUUCUACUUUUCCUUUAAAAGGAUAAUUGAAGAUUAAUUUUUAACACCAUUUCCACAUAAUCUAUAUAUAACUGUUUCAGUGUAUAAAACACCAAAACUGAACCUUGUUUUCAAGCUAUAUAUUGAGCUAAAAAUAUAAUUUUAAAAACUAACCUUUAGCAAAAUCCAUGGCCUUAGAAACUGGCAAAUACUUUCCAUCUUCAGUUGCCCAAGCAUCAUCUUUUCUGCUUCCUCAGACUUACAGCAAAAAGCUAGGUAACAUUCCAUAGUCAAAUUCUCUUUUGGUAAGUUUGUGUGCUUUCUUCUCUAAGCUCAGUUUUAUUCUCAGUUUAUUUUCCUGCCUGAGUUAUGAAUCAUAAAGCCCUCAUUAGAAAGCUAACACAAGGAGCAUAAGCAAUGAUAUAACUUUCUAUAGAGAUUUCUGUAUUAGGUGAAAUAACUAUGUUAUUUAAAAGAGGAAACACUCUAGCUUCUUUGUGGCCCCACAGAAUUGCUUGUCGCAUCUAUUUAUGCAGUUGGCCUUUUUGCUUUUCCUAUUUUGUCUCAAAGCUAGAUAUGAAGAAGCUUUUUUCUUCUCAGUUAAUGGACCCAUAAGGAAAAUCAUCUAGAGAUUUUUAAGUGGUUCUUUGGAAGUGACUCCCACUGAUUAGAUUGAUUGGCCCUAGGGCUCCCAUAGUUGGGAACUUUGAAGGGAGUUUCUGAUAGACUUGGUCAUGGAGAAACUGUUUAACAUCAGCUUAUACCUGUAUUUCUGAUGGACAUUUUAUGUGAGAGCCAGAGUAAGAUAGUAGCAUAUUUAAAUUUCUUUUUUCUUUCUCUAAGAGACAGAUCUCUUAAGCUGUUUUGACAAGUUUGCAUUUUAGUGUUAAUUUAUAGUUAGAGAAUAUCCAAACCCCAGAACUAUUUAGAAGUAGUAAAAGCAACUUUGGUAUCAAUCAGUGCACUUUCAAAAUGAUCAUUUAAUGCAAAUAUUAGGGCUUUCACAAAUGUGAGAACUCUGUCAUAAACAAGUACACUAUCAAUAUAAUUUGGAAGAGGGUUUUGGUAAUACUAUUAAGUUACCACUCCCUUGCACGAGAAUAAAUAAAAUGGAUAAACUCAUGAGAAGGUACUUGCUAAACAGUAAAUUUGGAGAAUUGUUUUUGAUAAAUGUGGCUUUAAGAACUUUACUAAAGAGAAUGGUGGCAAUAAUAGUAUGCAAGCAAAUUGCCCCAUAGGAACCAGUAAUAAUCAAGUGAGAUAAUUAAGUUCAUUUAUGUUAGACAUCAUGUUAGGCAUCUUCUGAAUUCAUUUGAUACUGAAGGCUGGUUUACAUGGGAUGCAAAAAGUAGGCCCCACAAAGAAUAUUUUUUAAAAUGUAAAGAAUUGCUACAAUCUUCUAUCAAGAUCACAAGGAUCCUUAGAUUUAAAUUGAGGGCCAAGUUCUUCCUGUUCUAAUCUUGUGUACCUCCCUCUACCUUUGCCUUUCUACUUCCUUGCCUUUCAUAUCGCAAAGUCCUAAAUCUUACAAAAAUGUUUUUCCUUUUUGCCAAGAGAAAGAAGCCUCUGUUGACUCUGAGUCCUUGGUUGCCUUUUUAAUUAAUAAAUAAGUUUUACAAAUCAGAAGAAUGUAGUUGGUUGAUUGUAUAAAAAAAUUUUAACUUCUUUUGUGGCACAACUUUUCAGUAAUUAUUUGCAUAGUCAAAAUUUGUCAUUUUCAUUUUACUAAAUGGGAAGAAAACAAGCAGAAAUUGUACAAUCUAAUAGCAAGUUUGAACAGUCUGUUAGAUUUUAAAAUUAUUUUUGGAAAAUUUUGGAAGACAAUUGACAUUCAUUUAAGACCCCAUGUGGGGGAGUUUAAAACUUGUGUUUGAUCUCUGAGGCCUGAUUAACAGAGGUGGGAUCUCACUGUUUUUCGUUUUAAGGGAUAAAAUUCAGUGGGAUUUUAGUGUUUGAUUCACUCAGUGUGUUUGGUUUAUGUUAAAUUUAAAAAAAAUUAGUAUCAUGGAAAAUAUUUGACCAAUAGUUUAGUCUCUUGAAGUGAUAAAAUAGAAAGGACAUUUUGCUGCGUUUUAAAAGUCUGCUUAAAUACGUAACUAUUGUAAUUAUCUGGUUUCGGAAAUAUUUUAAUUGUCAGUCUUAAGUAGGCCGUCAGAUUAGCUUGUUAUCAGACCUUAACCUGAGGCAGAAUUUUGGUGGUUGCCCACUGAGUCUUCCAAAUUUAAUGAAUGAGCAUUCUUUAUCAGAAAGGUAUUUCCUGGACAAAAAAUGGUUAAUAUUUAGAAUAGUUGAUCCCCUCCUGUAGAACCUUUUAAAUUUACCAGAGAAUAAAGUGAUUAGUACAUCUGAUACAGGUUUAUGCUAUACCUCAAGACAACAUAGACUAGUUAUUUCUUAUUCUUUAAUAUGGGUCAGAUCUUUUUUUUUCCCUCCAGAGCUGGUAUCCUAAGUUAUUUAUUAUGAGAUAGUGUUUUUAUGUAAUUCAUUGUCUUAACAAAAAACAUUAAAAGACUAAUUUCUCCAUUGAUAUUUAUUCUAAGAUGAUAUGAAAUGCCUAUUUUCUGUUUUCUAGUUUUUAUUUUUCUUUAAUAAAACUUCUUCUGCAUUUACUGAGUCUUUAUAAUCCAGUAUCUACAGCAUCUUCUUCCUUUGAACCAUAGCCUGGAAAAGAUCCUCUGAAACUAUAGGACUAGAUUUUUAAAAGUUUGAACUUGUUAUCUGAAUUCCCUUUUCAGAAACCUAAAGGCCUAUCUUUUGAACUGCACUGCAGAAUUACAGUUUGUGCUUAAUUUAGUGGACGAUAAUGGGACUCAUUGUAGACACUACAUUGUCCUGAAAAGUAACUCCUGAUGAAAGUUUACUGGCUUCUCAGCCAUUGUGUUCACUUAUCUGCAAGUCUUUAAGGAUUAACUAUAUUUGUCAUUUGCAAUAAAAUUGAGUUGUGCAACACUGCCUUGUGUCUGUCUGAGCAAGACAUUUGCUUCACUUUUAAAAUGCACCUAUCUUUGGAGAGGUGGAUUAUUCUACACAAAUACUCUGUGAAUUCCAUUGGUUAGAAUCCCUAUAGAUCUAUUACCAUCUACACUAAAAAUGUACUUGCGCAACUUAGUUAAAAAAGAAGAAUGUGUUUCAUCAAUAGCCGGGUAUUUGGAUUGUUCUCUUGAUAUAUUUGAAUGUGACUCUUGGAUUCAGGUGCACUAUACAAAAUUAUACAAAAUUGCACUGUAUGACAAAUGUGUCUGUAAUGUAUGCUUUGCUAAGACCUCAAGAGUGCUUAAUGUACAGGCUUCUACAUUGUGAACCUGUCUGUAUAUACCUGUCUUAGGGAAAAAUUCUGAACUUUUGUAAGUCUGAAUAUUAUUUAGAAUGUUCACUAAGUGUUAAGUUCACUUAUGUUCUAAAAUUAGAAUCAUUCACCUUGAGUUUGCUGCUUGUCAAGCUUGGUUUUACUGAAUCAAGAAACUGUCUUGUUGAAUGUGGUACUGUUAUCUUAGUGUGUGAUAUUUGUGUAUGGUGUUUUCCCUCUGCCUCAGAGGACUGUUGCACAGAUACUAGUGUUAAAUUUCUAUAGACAGUGGUAAUAAAAUUUGAAUAUAUUCAAAUGCUGAUAAAGUAAAUUUGUAGGCUGGAUUUUUUUUUUAAUUUGUGAAGGGUCGACUAUCUCAAUUACAACUGCUAUAUUUUUUUUACUUUAUAUUUUGAAAAAUUCAUAUCUGCAAACAGAAAGUUGCAAAACAGUACAUUGACUUCCCAUAUACCCUUCAUUUAGAUUGAAUGAUUGUUAACAUUUUUUCACAUUUACUUUAACUCUUUGUGUGGGUAUGUGUUUUUACUAUUAUUAUUGUGCUGAAACAUUUGAGAGUAAGCUGCAGACAUCAUAACCCUUUCCCCUACGUACCUCACAAGUGUUCCCUAAGAAUAAUAGUAUUUACUGUACUGUUACUACCCACUCACUAAUAGUAUGUGUUGAUACAGAUUAAUGAUAGAGAAGGGAAGGCUCUUUCUUAGAGUAGAAUGCCAUUCUUUCUUUGUAGAAAGAAUGAUGAAAUUAGAAAAUGACUGACAAUCAUCACAAUAAUAAUUGAUUUAUCAUCAUCAGUGGGUGCUAAAACUUGAGCAGGUAAAAGUUUGUGAAGAACAGAAUGUUUACAUAGUAUCUUGCUACAAAAUACUUAUUAAUUACAAGCAGGAAAAUAGUAACUUUACAGUGAAGGAAUCUGAUAAAUAUCACCUUACCCAAGCAGAAGUUAACCUCACUAAUAGUGGGACAUAAUAUGUGCCUUCUAAUCUAAUCCACUGAAAACAGCAUAACUUUUGUAGGAUUUUUACCAAAAACAAACAAAAAACCGAAUCUAAUUAUGAGGGAGCAUCAGACAAACUUAAAUUGAGGCACAUUUUACAAAAUAAUGUCUAUAAUCUAAAAACUACUAAAUUCAUGGAAGAAAAGGAAAGACUGAAAACCUUUUUGUAAGUUUGAAGUUAUUUCAAAAUAAAACGUAAAAGCAAAUAAUGGGUAGCAAGCAGCAUCCAUACAAAGCUAAAAAAGUAAAAGAAUCAAAAUAUUUCAGCUGAUGAAAAUUACAACCUAAUAAAUGAAGCAGAAGAAAACUAAUACAUUCCAAAAGGAACACUUUUAAACAAAACUUUCAGAUAUGAAAAAACACCUCAAAUGAUAAAUUACAAAACUCAGAACAGAAAUAGAUGUCCCCACCCCCUAAAAAAAAAGGUGAAGGUAGGAAAUUAGUUGAAUGAACUCAGGAAAGAAAUUGCUGAACAAAGAGAAAGUCAUAUUAAAGACUAAAUUACAAGAUGUCCAAAGGGGAAUAGUUCCAACUGGAAUUUAUUAAAGGGCACUGUGAUGGUUAGGGUUGUGUGUCAACUUGGCUGGGUCAUGCUCCUCCGUGGUUUGGCAGUUAUGAUGUAGUUUG